CUGCAUUCUUUUCCUGGAAAUUUUUAUGAUCGAAUUCGACAGAGUUGAAGUGGGUAGUGAGCAGGCAGGAGAUGAUGCUUCGUUUGUUUUUCUAGUUUUGCUAAAUUGAGCUGAGACUCCCUGCCUGCAAUUUAAAAUGGACAGUGUCCUAAAUGUGACUGGAUUGAUUUCCAUUUCACCUGUAUUCUACUAAUGUGGCUUUGAGUUGGGUAAGUUUUCAUUUGGGUUCAUAAGAAGAAUGUCCCUUCUAGUGUGCAAAUGUAAAAGGACAUUCGAAAGUUUGGAUCUUUAUUUGGAUUACAGGAAAUGAAUUCUUAAAACUUUGGUUCAGGUCACCUAAACCCACCAACCAAUUUGGAUUACCCGUUUUUUUUUAAUGUUUUCUUCAUUUUGUCCUUUCAAUUGGAGCUACCACUUGAUAGUUCUUCUGUUUUUCCCCCUUCUCUUUGCAUCAGCUUGGUUCUAGUUUAUCCCUAAUGCAUGCUUCUUUUGAUGCUGGGAUUUCAGUGAUGUGCUUGAAUUUGUCUUCUUUAACAUAUUGGACAAACAAUGGAAUCUUGCAUGUAUUGUGAUUCUGUACCUCAGGAACUGAGGAAUGUGCAAUGUUGCUUUUACAUUAUACUGAUUUGUUUCUUUUCCUUUGCUCUUAUGUUGUUCUGUGGACGAAUUAGGGAAAAAGUUCAAUCUUGGACCCGAUCUAUAAUGACCAAGGUUAGUCCACUUGGAGAGCAGAUGAUAGGAAUGGAGAUCUUCCUUCCAGUUUCAGCUGAUGUCAGCUUCCCUUUGGACCGGUUUCCCAAGUACAAGCUAGGACCUGAGAAUCAGGUAGUAGAAGAGCCGAAAGAGGAUGAAAAGGGACCAUUAUUGAAGGACAUUGUUGAGCAGGAGACAGCACAGCUCUCAGAUCAGCAUAAACGCCUGUCGGUUCGUGACCUGGCCAGUAAAUUCGACAAGAACUUGGCUUCUGCUGCUAAGUUGGCCGAGGAGGCGAAACUUAGAGAAGUGGCUUCGCUAGAGGGGCAUGUGCUUUUGAAGAAGCUGAGAGAUGCAUUAGAAUCUUUGAGAGGACGUAUGGCAGGGCGAAACAAAGAGGAUGUAGAGCAGGCUAUCUCUAUGGUGGAAGCAUUGGCUGUGAAGCUGACUCAAAAAGAAGGUGAACUAAUUCAGGAGAAGUUCGAAGUGAAAAAGCUUGCAAACUUCCUUAGACAGGCUUCAGAAGAUGCUAAGAAGUUGGUCAGCCAAGAAAGAUCGUUUGCAUGUGCUGAAAUAGAAAGCGCAAGGGCAGUUGUUCAGAGGUUUGGGGAGGCCUUAGAGGAAGAAGAAAAAAAUGCUCAAACUUCUAAAAACUUGUCUCCAAAUGUGGAGGUACUACUUGAGGAGGUUCAAGAGGCUAGAAGAAUCAAAUUGCUGCAUCACCCGAGCAAGGUGAUGGACAUGGAGCAUGAACUUGGUGCACUCAGAGCUCAAAUCCGCGAGAAAGCCAUCUUCUCUGUGAAACUUCAGAAAGAGCUGGCAGUCAGCAAACGAGUAGAGGAGAACAAAUUAGCAAUAUACAGAAUAGAAGGAUCUGAAACUCUCGGUUCGUGUUUGCGUCUCCAUCCUCGUAUUAAUGAUGCUCCACUACUUUCAAAAUGCUCAAUUCAGUGGUACCGCGUCUCAUCUGAAGGGAGUCACAACGAAGUCAUUUUAGGCGCUGAAAAGCCAAUAUAUGCUCCUGAACCACUUGAUGUUGGCCGGGUCCUUCAGGUCGAGGUGGUUUCAAACGGCCAGAAAGUUAGCAGCGUAACAACCGCUGGUCAUAUCGAGCCAGCUCCAGGACUUUUGAGCCAUGUAGAGACACUUCUGCGAAAAUCUAGUGCUGAAUUUAGUGUGACAAUUUCGCAGAUCAAUGGACAAGACAAUCCAUCACAUUCAGUCCAUUCGUUUAAUGUGGGGAAGAUGAGGAUAAAACUUUGCCGAGGAUGGAUCACAAAGGCGAGAGAAAUUUACUCAGCAUCCAUGCAGUUAUGUGGAGCUCGAGCGAUUAGUAGCAAUACUGCCUCAAAGUCACUCUUCUGGCAACCCAGGAAGGGGCUAUCCUUCGUGCUGAAGUUCGAGACAGAGCAAGCGAGGAAUGCAGCCAUUACGAUUGCCAGAAAGUUCUCAAAUGAUUGCAAUGUUAUACUUGCUGGACCAGAUGAUCAAGUAUAGAACGGGGAAAAAGGGUCUGCUAGUCUGCUACUAACCUUGGCAUUCUACCUCCUUUUCCCCUAAUUUGGGGAGCUUUUUCUUCCUUUUCACAGUAGGGAGUGGUGUGUGGAAGUGUUGAAAGAGAGAGUGUGUGGGGUUUUUGCCUUGGUGGUGAAGAAAAAGAGAAUGCAGCUUUACCAUUUCCAAUUGUUUUUUUUUUUUUUUUCUUUUCAAUUUCUGGGGUUAUGAAUUGGGUAUGUGGCUUUAGGCAUGUGUGUUUUAUUAAUCUGCCUAAUCAUCUGUUUGUAAACAAAAAAGCUAUUUAGAUCCUUUUUUCUCUAUAAUUUGAUGACUCAGCUUGUCUGUGGCUUCCUUCCAAGAAAAAAAGGAACAAUGGUUUCUCAAUAGAAUCACUGUGACGAGGAUUUACCACCGCAGAGGAAGGAAGGAGGAGAUGGGAACAGGGGAAAGGAGUUUGCAGAGAGAAGAAGGGGGAAACCCAAUGGAAGAAAAGGGCCUGACCAGCUUUACGAGCCGGCCCAUACGCUUUCAUUACUAAGGGCCCAG